AUGGCAAUGGUUGUGCAGCAGCACGAAACGGUCGCAUUCCUCGCGUCGGCGUUCGCGGCCGGCCUCAUCAUCCUGCACGGGCGGCGGCAGCGCGAGUCCAUUUGGCAUCCAAUGAGCUCAUGGUGGAUCAAGCGGAGGGCGCUCGUGGAGAACACGCGGCUGGACAAUCUGCUUGUCAUCGCCGAUUUCGACGCCACCAUCACCACCGGCGACUCGAUCCAGUGCCACGACAUGCUCGGCUUCUCGGAGCUGAUGACGCCCGCCUUCCGGCGCGAGUUUGCGCCUCUACUAGACUGGGCAACCAACCCCGACGUGGACGGGGUCGCGUGGUGGGACAAGGCGCACGAGCUGAUGAUCAAGCACGGCCAGCCGCCGCGCCACCUCAUCCCGCGCAUGGUCCGCGAGACGAGGAUGGAGCCUCGGCCGGGCGCGCUCAAGCUGCUCGCGCGGCUCGCUGUGCUCCAGGUGCCGCUGCUCAUCGUCUCCGCCGGCCUCUCCGACGUGAUCGAGGAGUUUCUGCGCCAACACGACGCGCUUACCGAGAACAUCACCGUUUGCUCCAACCGCCUCAACUAUGGCGCGUCCACACGCACGGCCCGCAUGCUCCUCCCUGCCUCCCGCCCACAACCUGCGACCCGCUGCCGCGUCGCAGGAGCCGACUCGGCGCCGCAGUCGGUCGCUCCGAGCCCCCCGAUCACGUCCUUCACCAAGGACACGGCUUACCGCGCCUCCUCCGCCUUCUUCCGGCAGCACUCGCGGCGCUCGACACUCAUCGUGAUUGGCGACUCCUGCUCCGACAUCGACGCCGCGACCAACGUGCCGCACGAGCACGGCAUCUCGAUCGGCUUCCUCAACGGCAAGGAGAUUGGCACCGAGGCCUCGAGCAAGCACCUGCAGACCUACGACGCGCUCGUGCUCGCUCACGACGGCUCCCUUGCUCCCGUCGACGAGCUGGUCGACGAGAUUGCGCGCACAGACACCAACGUCCCGGAGAAACUCGUGCGGCGCAUGUCCUUCGAGGUUAAGCAGCAGCCGCCCGCUCGGCCGCUCCGCGCCCACAGCCAGAGGGGCGACUGA